AUGGGUAGCGCCCCUGAAUUGACGCCCAAGCGUCCCAACUUUCUCUUCAUCCUCGCCGAUGACCUUGGUUUCUCCGACAUUGGUUGCUAUGGCGCCGAGAUCCAGACACCCAAUAUCGAUCGCUUGGCCUCCGAGGGCCUACGUAUGCUCAACCACCAUGCUGCCGCAGCCUGCUCGCCCACACGGGCCAUGCUCCUCAGCGGAACCGAUGCCCACCUCGGUGGCCUGGGAGUCUUGAUUGAGUACAAGAGGAGCGAAAGCGGGGCUAAGCGCUUUGGCGGCAAGGCCGGUUACGAGGGCUACCUCAACAACGAUGUUGCAACUAUACCAGAGGUUCUACAAGACAAUGGCUACUUUACUGCCAUGUCAGGCAAGUGGCAUCUUGGUCUCCGUGCCUCCCAAGGACCAUGGGAGCGUGGCUUCCAGAAGGCUUUUGCUAUGCUGCCUGGGUGCUGCAACCACUACGGCUGGGAGCCAGUGCAAGAGAGGCUCCCAGUCGGUGGUCGUCCAGUUCAUGCGGAAGAGGGAAAGAAGGUUGACAUGACACCUAACAAGACCGAAGACCCGAACGGAUUCUACUCGACCGACUUCUACACGAACCGACUUAUCCAAUACCUCCAAAACCGCUCCGAUGACGAUAAAUCGAAGCCCUUCUUCGGUUUCCUUCCAUACACUGCACCUCAUUGGCCUUUGCAAUGCUCCAAGGCACAGCGAGACAAAUACAAGGGGAUGUAUGAUGACGGUCCAUACGCUCUACGUGAACGCCGACUAAAAAAGCUCGUCGAACUGGGCAUCAUUGACGAAUCCGUGGUGCCGCACAAAGUCGAAACAGAGACAAUGGGUGUUGGAGAGUGGGAUGAGCUAACAUCAGAAGAAAAGAUGCUAUCCAGCAAGGCUAUGGAAGCAUAUGCCGGCAUGGUGGACUCGAUCGACGUCAAUGUCGGAAAGGUAGUCGAAUAUCUCAAGGAUACUGGGGAAUAUGACAACACAUUCAUUGUGUUUAUGAGCGACAAUGGAGCCGAAGGUGCCGCCAUGGAAGCUGUUCCUGUAAUGGGAGAUAAUAUCACCCGCGCUAUUCACCAAUAUUACGACAACUCGUACGACAACAUUGGAUCUUGGAACUCCUUCACUUGGCUCGGCCCUCUUUGGGCUCAGGCAUCAACAGCGCCAUCGAGGCUGUUCAAGUGCUUCCCCUCUCAAGGUGGUAUCCUCGUCCCUUGCGUCGUCAAACCGCCCGCGGAUACGUUCCUGCCCUCAUUUUCUCCCGGCUCAUUGAACCGGUCCUUUUCCACUGUCAUGGACUUUGCGCCUACCUUCCUCGAGUUAGCUGGAGUAUCCCUCCCUCCAGCCUCUGAGAAGACUGUGUCUACAGAGUUAGGGAAAGGCUCGGCCACCACUAAGCGCAGCAUGACCACUUUCAGGGGUAAGGAUGUACACGCGAUGCGAGGCAAGUCCUGGAUCCCACACUUUGCUAGGGGAAAGAAAAUCGAGGAUGAUGAGGUCUGGGCGAUACAUUCAUCCUCCGAACCCGUCGGAUGGGAACUGUUUGCGCGUGGUGCCCUAAGAAAAGGAGAUUGGAAGAUUGUACACUUUGACAAGACAGAGGGCGGUGCAGGAGAGGGUGACGAGGGCUGGGAGCUGUUCAACGUUGCUCAAGAUCCCGGAGAGACAACAGAUUUGGCCAAGACUGAGCCGGAGAAGCUAAAAGAACUCCUGGCACACUGGGACGAGUAUGUGGUCGAGUGUGGCAUUGUGUGGGGAGAAGUGGCUUCAUCUUCGGGCGUCAGCAAAGAUGAGGCCCCGCAGCUAUGGGAGGACGAGGUAGAGCUUCAGAAGGCUUGGAUGGGUGCUAGAGGGGGUGAUUGUCCAGUCGACUGCAAAUAG